GAGGAGGGACCGCUGAAGUCAGGUCUCCUCACACAGCUCCAGGAGCCACAUCUGCAGCCUAUCCUUCUGUCUGUCCAGAACCUGCUCCCACUUUGGGCCCAGGCCAACCGUGCACUGCCGCGAUGGGCUCUGAGCUGGAGUCGGCAAUGGAGACCCUCAUCAACGUGUUCCACGCCCACUCGGGCAAGGAGGGAGACAAGUACAAGCUCAGCAAGAAGGAGCUGAAAGAGCUGCUGCAGACCGAACUCUCUGGCUUCCUGGACGCCCAGAAGGAUGCAGAUGCUGUGGACAAGGUGAUGAAGGAGCUAGAUGAGAAUGGAGAUGGGGAGGUGGACUUCCAGGAGUACGUGGUGCUGGUGGCUGCACUCACAGUGGCCUGUAACAACUUCUUCUGGGAGAACAGUUAAGCAGACAGCCCUGCGCAGCACCCUUCCCCUCCACCCUGCCAGACCUGCCUCUUCAUCCCAGCUAAUCCUGUCCCACACUCCUAGCCUUGCCCAGUCCCACCCUCCACACACCAAGGGCGCAUGAGUAGCAGUCCAGGCCUGCAACUCGUCUUUCAUUAAAGGCUCCUUUCUCGCCAGCUGUCUGAUGUCAGUCUCCUCUGGGG